AUGGCAGCACUGCCUUCUACGUGCAGGCAAGCAGCCUACAGCAGCAGCCGCAAGGGCAACGAUGCCUGCGGCCGCUACUCUCGCGUGGUGACACGCCGUAGGGCAGCGGCGCUUGUGGCUGUUGCUCCCGCGGGCAAAAACCCCGCAAGGGCGAUUGCCCGACGAGGCAGCACCGCUUGUGGGCGCUGCCUCGCGGGCAGAACCACCCGCGGAGGCGGAAGCGCCCGCGGGGGCGCCCAACUGCAGGGGCAGCGCCACCAGCGGGCGUGCCGCCUACAAGCGAGGGCAGCAACCUCGCCCUCCGCCGCACAGCCCGUCGCCGGUAGGAUGAACUGUGUUAGCUCAACUGCCGAACCUCACGCUCUCCACAACCCAAAAGACGAAUCGGUCCAUCAAUCAAUCAGGUUGCUGAUCCCACUCUCCACCGGCGGUGAGGAUUUCAACGAUCGCGGAUUCGCUAAAGGACGGGCCUCCGAUGGCGGAGACGGGCGUUUGGGAUCUGAGAGUACGAACCCUAGUGAGCUCAGUAUCAGGGAAACUGAACAUGAUUCUUCAACUCAUUGGUCACUUGAUUAUUGCAUGAUUAUUCACAAAAGACAAUCGAUCACUGUAACUUUGUUGACUAAGAAGGUCAUAUCUCUUCUGUAUCGGUUGGGAGCAGGCAUGCUGAAAGCUUCACUUCUAGAAUCAUUCUUGGUUACAUCUGUUUCGCAAAAAAUGGAGAAGGAGAUCUGAAGAUAUCGAAUGACAGAAAGAAGCUUAGUUGUGCAAAAGAAAUAAAAGAAGAAGAUUCAUUUAGCCAACUCAAAUGGUGAGGACUCGUUUGCGGGUCACAUCUGCAAUCUUCAUAAGCUUCUGAGUGCUCACAAUUCUUGAGCCGCAAAUGUGUGUGAACUUGCAGGUGCAUUUCGGCGGAGAGUGGCAGAUCAUGGUGUUUGACGGAAUGACCGGCACCAAAAGAAAAGAACUCAGAAGCGGAUGCUAGUUGUCAUCACGGUGCUUGCAGCGAUCACCACCCAUCUAAAUCUCUUCAAAUUGGGGCAGGAAAUCCAACUAUGUCAGAAGUUGAUACUGUGCUUCACUAGUAGGAGCGAAACAAAAGCUGGGGUUAUAGUGGUAGAAGGAGUAGUUGUUUUAUGGCCCACCACAAUAGAAACCCUCUUGUGUCU